ACAAACAGCUUCCUCGAGCCGUUCACGUUGAUUUAGUUAAUUUUCGACUUUGUCACCAAUAACUCGCUCAGCUGGGAUGUGACGUCAUUUCCAUAUCCGACUUCCGCCUCAAACCGACCGCUCCAGGAAUACUACCGGUGCGUGACAGUCUGUCCCCGUGGGCUUCAGACGACCUGUGGGAUUAAGUUCUAGCCUUGAGAAGCAAAUGUCUCCAACUAACGCCUGUCACCAGACCUCCUCAGAGACAGAAUGGAGCUGUCCUUUGGAGCAGGAGCUGCGAGCCUUGCUGCAGCAAAGGAUCAUGGUCCUGGACGGUGGGAUGGGGACCAUGAUCCAACAGCACAAUCUCCUGGAGGAGGAUUUCAGAGGAGACGAGUUUAAAGACCAUCCUCUGGCCCUAAAGGGCAACAACGACCUCCUCAGUGUCACUCAGCCUGACAUCAUUUAUAAAAUACACAAGGAGUAUCUGCAGGCUGGUGCCGACUUCGUGGAGACCAACACGUUCAGCAGCACCUCCAUCGCUCAGGCAGAUUAUGGCCUACAGCACCUGGCAUAUCGUCUCAACAGGACAUCAGCAGAGCUGGCGAGGAAGGCAGCCGACGAUGUCACCAAGCAGUCUGGUAGUAAACGAUAUGUAGCCGGAGCGUUGGGUCCCACCAAUAAAACCCUCUCUGUGUCACCGAGUGUGGAGAGACCAGACCUCAGGAACAUCACGUUUGAUGGGCUGUUGGAGGCGUACUCGGAGCAGAUCAGAGGCUUGCUGGAUGGAGGAGUCGACGUCCUUCUAGUAGAAACCAUCUUUGACACUGCUAAUGCUAAGGCUGCCCUGUUCGCCAUCAACAUGCUGUUUGAAAACAGCUACGAAAGAAAGCCAAUAUUCAUCUCGGGGACCAUAGUGGACCGGAGUGGACGAACCCUGUCGGGUCAGACUGGAGAAGCGUUUGUAGUGAGUCUGUCCCAUGCUAAGCCUCUGUGCAUCGGCCUGAACUGUGCCCUGGGGGCCACAGAAAUGAGGCCCUUCAUUGAGGCCAUAGGAAAAAGCAGCCCGGCGUUCAUCAUUUGUUAUCCCAACGCAGGUCUUCCCAAUGCAUUUGGAGGUUAUGAUGAAAGUCCUGAAGUAACAGCCUCCCAUCUGAAGGAGUUUGCUGUGGAAGGACUGGUGAACAUUGUGGGGGGGUGCUGUGGGACCACUCCUCUGCACAUCAGAGCCAUAUGUGAAGCGGUGAAAUCCUGCCAUCCCAGGGUCCCAGCUGCUGAUAUUUAUCAGGACUACUUGCUGCUGUCUGGGUUGGAGGCGUUCAGAAUCGGUCCUUACACCAACUUUGUAAACAUCGGUGAGCGCUGCAAUGUGGCGGGGUCACGCAGGUUUGCCAAACUGAUCAUGGCUGGACACUACGAGGAAGCUCUGACCAUCGCCAAAGUCCAGGUGCAGAUGGGAGCCCAGGUCCUGGAUAUAAACAUGGAUGAAGGCAUGUUGGAGGGGGAAACAGCGAUGGCCCGAUUCUGCAACUUUAUUGCUUCUGAGCCAGAUAUCGCACGGGUUCCUCUGUGCAUCGACUCCUCUAACUUCUCUGUGAUUGAGGCCGGGCUGAAAUGUUGUCAGGGGAAGUGCAUCGUCAACAGCAUCAGUCUAAAAGAAGGAGAAGAGGAGUUCCUGCUCAGAGCUGCUACUGUGAAGCGUUAUGGAGCUGCUGUGGUGGUCAUGGCCUUCGAUGAGGAAGGACAGGCCACAGAUACACAGCGGAAGGUGGAGAUCUGCACUCGGGCGUACUGGCUGUUGGUCAACAAGGUGGGCUUUGAUCCCAAUGACAUCAUCUUUGACCCCAACAUCCUGACCAUUGGUACAGGCAUGGAGGAACACAACGAAUACGCUGUGAACUUCAUCAGGGCCACCAAGCUGAUCAAGGAUACGUUACCGAGAGCCAGGGUGAGUGGAGGUUUGUCCAACCUGUCCUUCUCCUUCAGAGGUAUGGAGGCCAUCAGAGAAGCCAUGCACGGUGCAUUUCUCUAUCAUGCUAUCAAGGAUGGAAUGGAUAUGGGGAUUGUGAAUGCUGGAAACCUGCCAGUGUAUGACGACAUUGAUAAGGAGCUGUUGUUGAUGUGUGAAAACCUCAUUUGGAACAGAGAUGCAGAUGCUACUGACAAGCUUCUGGUCUACGCACAGAAGGUGGUAAAAGGAGGGAAGAAGGUGGCUCAGACAGACGAGUGGAGAGAAGCCAGUGUAGAGGAGAGACUGGAAUAUGCUCUCAUUAAGGGAAUAGACAGAUAUGUGGUGGAAGAUGUGGAGGAGUGCCGAGCUAAGGUCGACCGCUACAGACGACCCCUACAGAUCAUCGAGGGCCCCCUGAUGAAUGGCAUGAAGGUGGUGGGAGAUCUGUUUGGUGAUGGGAAGAUGUUCCUGCCACAGGUCAUCAAGUCAGCUCGGGUUAUGAAGAAGGCAGUGGGUUAUCUGAUUCCUUUCAUGGAGGAGGAGAGGGAGAAAAUGAUGGCCUCAUCAGAAACCCCCGAGGAGAUGAGUCCCUAUCAGGCAACCAUUGUUCUGGCUACAGUGAAGGGAGAUGUCCAUGAUAUCGGCAAGAACAUUGUGGGGGUGGUGCUGGGGUGUAACAACUUUAGGGUGAUUGAUCUGGGUGUGAUGGUUCCCUGUGAUCAGAUCCUCAGAGAGGCCAUCGCUCAGAAAGCUGAUAUUGUCGGUCUGUCGGGUCUGAUCACCCCGUCUCUGGAUGAAAUGAUAUACGUGGCUAAAGAGAUGGAGAGGCUUGGAAUGACAACACCGCUAUUGAUUGGUGGAGCCACUACUUCAAAGACACACACGGCCGUAAAGAUUGCACCACGUUACAGCUGUCCUGUAGUCCAUGUCCUCGAUGCCUCCAGGACCGUGGUGGUGUGCUCACAGCUGCUGGAUGAGGCCAUGAGGGAGGAGUAUCUGGAGGACCUGAAGGAGGAGUAUGAUGAGAUCAGACAGGAUCACUAUGACUCCCUGAAGGAUCGUCGGUAUCUGUCUUUGUCUGAGGCAAGGCAGAAAUACUUAUGUAUAGACUGGUUCUCUGUUCCUGGACCUGUGCGUCCUCAGUUCCUGGGAACUCGUGUGUUUGAGUGCUACGACCUGAACCGUCUGGUGGACUUCAUUGACUGGAAGCCUUUCUUUGACGUGUGGCAGCUCAGAGGAAAAUACCCCAACAGAGGAUACCCCAAGAUCUUCAAUGACGCUGCUGUUGGUUUGGAGGCUCGCAGAGUCUUCGAUGACGCCCAGUUGAUGCUGACGCAAGUGAUGACUAACGGCAGUCUGACUGGGAGGGGCCUGGUGGGCUUCUGGCCGGCUCAGAGUGACGGGGACGACAUCUAUGUCUACAGACACGAUGUGAAAGUGGGCAAAGACACAAAGCCCACCGCCACGCUUCACGGCCUACGGCAGCAGGCGGAGAAGGACCGCUCCAGUUCAGAGCCCUACCUCUGCAUCUCAGACUUCGUGGCCCCCGUAGAGAGCGGCAUAGCAGAUUACAUCGGUGUGUUUGCUGUGGGUGUGUUUGGAGCCGAGGAGCUGAGUCAGCAGUUCCAGACCCAGGGAGACGACUACAGCAGCAUCAUGAUCAAGGCUCUGGCUGACCGUCUGGCUGAGGCAUUUGCUGAGGAGCUUCAUGCUCGUGUGAGGAAGGAGUUGUGGGGCUACAGUGCCAAUGAGGCCCUGCAGGCCUCCGACCUCCACAGAGUUCGGUAUAAAGGCAUCAGACCUGCAGCCGGCUAUCCCAGCCAGCCUGACCACACAGAGAAGAUCACCAUGUGGAGCCUCGCUGGUGUCCAGGAGAAGACUGGUAUCAGUCUGACAGAGUCCCUGGCCAUGACGCCUGCUGCCUCAGUGUCUGGACUUUACUUCUCCAACCCUCAGGCCUCCUACUUUGCCGUGGGAAAGAUCACCAAGGAACAGGUGCUAGACUACGCGAGGAGGAAGAAAAUGAAGGUGGAGGAGGUGGAGAGAUGGCUGGCUCCUAUCCUUGGUUAUGACAGGGAGGCCUAGUGUUAAACUGGGAGAUGAGAGCAGAAAAGUAGCUUUCCAGUCCAACCAUUCCACCAUUUGUUGCUGCUGAAUAACCUCUGAUAAUGUACAAUGUCUCAGUGUUGUAACUCAGUCUUUCAGAGAAGGUUCACAGUGUUUUUAUUUGGGGUUUUUAAGCUUUCAGCCAUUUUAGGACCAGUAAAUGGAUUCAUUGGUCCUUUUAUCUCUGGUCCAAACGCCCAGUCCUGAUCUGUUUCUAAUUGGUAAACUGGUUUGGAUUUUACUUUCAUAAUGAUUGACAGUUGAAUGUCAUGUAUUCGGUGGCGUCUGUCUCUCUCUCUGUCUGUCUUUCUGUCUCUGUCUCUAAGCAACAGAAACCACAAAAGUAUGGACAGAUUUUUUAUUUAACUCUCAGAAAAUGUCAGAAAUUGAAUAAAGGGUUGAAUAAAGUGAUUAGAUUUUGGAGGAGAUCCGGAUCACUGUCUGGAUCCAGGAAUGUUUUAAAACAGUGAUAAAUAACUGAUGCCCGUGGGCCACAACUGACCCACUGCUGAUAAAAUCUGGCCCGCCAGAUAACAUUGAUAAAAAAAAAUAAAUAACAGAUUGCAAGAGUCAUGUGUCGCGGUGCGGGUGUAGCGUCAGGUCUAGGUGUAACUAUAAACAUGUGUGGUAUCCACAGAAAGUCCAGAAUCUCAGCUACCAGCUCAGUAAAA